GCAACAUCUAUAGAAAAAGCGAAGGAGCAGCAGCAGCAGCUUAAAAAUACAUUUUUCACAAUGAAGCAAACGAGCGGAGGCAAGCAAAAUUGAUAGUAAAAUGUGUGCCACAGGAAACAACAGGAAAUCAAAGAAAUCCUCAAAGAACCUGAACUAUAUAGACAACCAGAAAGGAAUAUCUCAAUAAACAAAAAGAAACAAAGGAAAAACCAGCGAGAGAAAUAAUCACAAAACAACCAGAAAGAAAGAAAGCUUUAACUAAAAUAUUUUUAACUAUACAAUAUACAAUACAUAUAUAUAUAAAUUAAUUAUAGAAAUAGAGACUUAAGUGUUUAGUGCAUAAAUGAAUUAAUUUUUAAACAAAAUAACUGGGAAAAUCAAGCAAGUGUAUAGACCAAAAAAAAAAGCGAGGGCAGCUUCUGAUUUUCGGUGAUAUGGUGUAAAUGUGAUAAACAACGUUCUAAAAAAACACAACAAACAAACAACCAAAACGUUUUAAACUCAAUUACCACAAUAACAAAAAAACAAAACAAAAAUAGUGUUUUAUUUUUCCUCCCUUCGCAAAGUUUUUUGCUACGAAAAUCCAAUACAAUAACUAUUUAUCUACAAAUACUAAGCCUUGCAUCUUAUAAACAAACUAAACUAAAAAUAAACUAAUCUAAGUCGCACAAAACCAAAGCAAAUCGAGUGAAAACAACAGCGUCAGAGAUUUUUCGGUUCAACCUUUUUUAUAAAAAAUAAUAUUCUCUCAACUGCACUGCCGCAACUUUUCGACAACUAUGAUUUAUUUUCUGAAAGAAUAAUAAGAAAAACUUAAAUAUUCGUACAAAUAUAUUGAAGAAAACUAUGCAAACAUUCUUAUGAGCCGCAGACAACAAAAAGAAAAUAAAAGACAAAACUAACCAUAAACGAAAAUUUGUUAACAAAUUUUUGGAGCUACAUAAAACCGUGUAAACAAAAUGCAAUAGUCUUACUCAUAUAUUGAGUACACUUGACAUAAACUGUGAUUAUGAGUUCCACAAAAUCUCAAGUAGCCCUAGCUACGAAUAUUCCAACCAAUUUAUCCUCUGCCGCUUCUGCCUCAACAGCGGCCGCUGCGGCUGCCGUUGUUGUUGUUGCCAGUGCCAACGCCGCCGUUGCCUCAAAUACUAACUCAUCCGGAGUGGGAGUCGCCGGACCAGGAUCAGGAUCGGGAUCGGUAUCAGGACCAUUAGUCGCAGGACCAGGAGCGACUUCCGGAGCAUCCGGCUCAACAGUCACAGCAGCCACAUCCGCAACGGCAACCUCCUCCACUUCCGUUGUAACAAUCUCGAGCAACUGCAGCAGCAGCCUUAACAACAACUGCGGCGAAGAGUGCCAGACGGCCGGAUCUGCCAAUUUGGGCCGUCAGAACAGCUUCGGCAAUAGACGAGGCAACAUGAAGGGCAAACAUCUCACCCGCAGCCAUGCGAUGCGUGAGUCCACAUCGCCACCUCGCACGCCCACUCCCCGGGCUGCCUCCUCCGAUCAGCAGCAGCUCCAGGGGGAAUCCCACGAGCACAACAAUAAUAACAACAAUAAUAAUAUCAACAGCAACAGCAAAGCACAAUCAACUGGAAGGGGCAACUCGCCACUGAUGGAGACGCCAGCCGUGAUUGUCACUAGUCAGCAGCCCCAACAGCAGCAACAAAAUGUGCCCCAGAAGCCGCAGCAGAAUGUGCCACUCAGCAACGAGGCGGAGUUCCCGAAGCUUUCGCCCCCAAAGAAGUCCGGAGGGCAGCACAAUCGCACCAACAGCAAUGGCAGCGGCAUGGAGUAUAAUAACAACGCCAGUGGCAAGAAGUUCGUGGUGGAUCUGAAGGCCAACGGGUUGGACAACAAGCCACACAACAACAACUCCUCCGCGGGAGUGAUUUACAACUCCGGGAUGAACUACAAGGCGGCGGAGCGGCACGACCGUCACGAGCGCCACGAGAUGUCCAGCCAGAACAGCAAUCUGAGCAACAACCACGACGACGAGCAGUAUCACUAUGAGCCCAGAGGUGGAGGCGGUGGAAAGAAGCAUCGCGCCAACACCAAUGCCAAAGGUAACAAACCACGGUUGAAGAAUCUCGGUGGCAGUUCAUCAGGGAGUAUCGAUUUAGGAGGCGGCGGCGGUGGAAACGGCAAUGGUGGCAACAACAUGUCCAACAACGGACUGUCCAACAACUCGAGCAACAACACCUCGGGCUUCAUAUCGCGCGUCUUUCAUCAAUCAGAGAACUCGAGCGAGCAGUACACGGACUACGGCGGGACCGAUCUGCUGGUGUUCUUCCGGGACACCCUUAACAAGAACCCCAAGGACCGCAACAUCCUUUUGAAGAUCGAGAAGGAUCUGAUGGAGUUCGUCCAGGAAAACAGUCGCGGUUGUGAGUAUCGCUUUCCGCCAGCUUCCUCGUACAAUCGAAUGCUGAUCCAUCGCACGGCGGCCUUCUUCGGAAUGGAGCACAACGUGGACACGGAGACGCAGCAGUGUGUGAUUGUGGCCGUGGCCAAGAACACGCGUAUUCCAGAGAUCCGCUUCCAGUCGCUGGUGCGCGACGAUGCACGCAAGUCAAUUCUGAAGCGGGACACGCACAGCUUCGACGAGGUGCGUCAAUCGCCUUAUUUGUGCCCCCUUUCCAUGGAUCGCAAGGCCAAGAGCUUCGAGGAGCGAGAGGAGGAUUACGAUAGGGCGCGCAGCCGCAUCUUCAGUCGAACGGGGGGAAACCAUGAGGGUUACUCUGGUGGUGGCGAGGAGGAGUGCUACGGCGGCUGGGAACAGCAGCAGCAACAGCAGCAGAAGCAGAACCAGCCACCCAGGCCCAAGAGACCCAAUGGAAAGAUGCUCCAGAUGCAGAAUUCCACGGAAUCACGCGAUGGUAUGCGAUCGGGCGGAGCAGUGCCCAAGUCGCACAAUUUUGGCAACUACGGCGGGCCUCCCAGUUCAGGAGGACCUGGCAACAAUUCCCUGCCGCGUGGGGAUUCCACAAACUCGAUCAAAAGCGGACGCGGGGGCUUCGUCAAGCAGGACUCUACUGGCAGCACUCCAUGGCGGCUGUCUCCUUCCAGCAGUGGCUACAAGACGCGCACCCAGUCCGUGCGCUCCGAUUCCGUGACUCCAUCGCCCACGGGUUACGGCAGCGACAGGCAGACGCCGGAGUUGAACCACCCACCGCCGCCACCCAUGGUGACCCACAGCCGGGGGCCGCCACCCAUGUCACUGGGUGGUGGUGUUGUCGGCGGUGCAGGAUCAGGAGCCAUUGCAGCCGCGUCCCCCGUGGAAAUGGGGACAGAAGCCACCGUGGCUAAUGGGCCAUCCUCGUCGGGAACGUCGGGACUCGUCUGGGCCGUCACAGACAUUUCGAAUGUGCCAAUUGGCAGCGUCCUCAUUGAUCCGCAAACCCUCCAACCAAUUGUCAAUGCAGACGGUUCCAUCUACCACUACGACCCGUCCAAUCUGCCGCCCAACCAGGCGCUCCAGCACACGGGCAAUCAGUACCAGUCGCAAAACCAGGGCAACUCCUCCUCCGGCGGCUACAGCAACUACCGCAAGUCGUCGCCACAUCAGCAACAGCAGCAGCAGCAGCAACACCAGCAACAGCUGCAGCAGCCCCAGCAGCAGCAUCAACAGGCACCGCAGCAAUAUGCCAACACUGAGCUGUCCUGCAGCUCCACCGAGAGCUAUGCGGAGGAGGAGGCCCAGUCGCCGGGAAUGGAGUGCUCCGAGGGCUACGAGAGCUACGAGCAGCAGCCGAUGCCCGUGCAGCAGCAACUGUCGGGCAACGGCGACACUGGGAGCCUCAAGGGCGACGAUUGUGAUAGCCUGACCAGCGCCACCGCCUGCCUGAGCAUCACCACCUCCACUUCGACGAAGAACUACGACCGCAUCGAGGUGCAGAAGUACAAGAACCAGGCCACCAGUCCAAAUAUACCCGCCUGCUGUGCCGUGGGCGAGAAGCUGGAGCUGGAGGCUGUCGGACAACAGGAGCAGGAACAGGAGGAGCAACUGGCCGGGCCCUCAUCCUCCGGCUCCGCCGCCUCCUCCGUGGGCAUAACCGAACUGCCAUCGAGCCAGACCCCUCUGCCGAUGGCCACGCAAGUGAACUGCGACCUCCAGUCGGUGUCGCCCAGCAGCACGCCCUACAGCCAGUGCGAGGUGAAGACUCCUAGCCAGAGCCACGGACCCAGUGCCGCCGUCGAGGAGCCCAAGACCACCACCUGGACGUACACGCAAAGCUACCAGGCGCCGGACGGAUCCACCGUCUUUCACACCACCACCACGCCCAACGGGGCGGCGCCCUACUGCGCCACCACAUAUCAGCAGGGGCCCGAUGGGAGCAUCUAUGCCGUGCCGCAGGGCAUGGUGUAUGCCGCCUAUCCGCAACCUGGAGUGGCCAGUGCCGGUGGCGCCUCACAGCCGCUCUUCCAACUGACCACCAGCAGCCAUCCGCCCGCCCAGACGCUAUUCGCCUCCCCAGAAGCAGGCGGAGAGAUACCCGGCGGCACCUACAUGAUACCUGUCUUCGAUCCGGCCCAACAGCCGCGUGAGGGACUCAUCCCGGCACAGGCCAUUUACCAAACGGGUCCGGGUGGCCCGGGAGCCGCCACAGUGAUGCCAAUGGCAUCCGCCUAUCCCACGGCCCAGUUCGCGGCGGCAGCGGCUCCCAAUGGCGGGCCCAUCUACCAGGCGCCGCUGAUCUACUCCAGCGAACCGGGCGGAGGUGCCCAGCUGCAACAGCUUCCGAUGGCGCCGUACCCGAUUCAAUACUCCUACCCGUACUACCACCCCAUCUCGUACUACGUGCCGCAACAGGCGGUGGCCGCCGCGCCCAUGGUGGCCAGUCAGCCGCAGGUGGGUCAGGUGGCUCCGAUGCAGCCGCAGGCGCCGCACACGGGAGCUGGAACAGCCGCUGGUCCACCCACGGUGGUGUCAGUUUCAGGCCAACAGCACCACCAGCCGCAUCAGCAGCACCACCAUCAGCAGCAGCAGCACUCGAGCAACGGGUCCGUGGUGACCUCCAGUGGCUAUGGCACCCGGGUGAAGCGCACGCCCGGCGGCGGCUCCAUCCACUACAAUCCCAGCUACACUCCGAGCUCGGUGGCUCAUGCUGGGGGUGCCCAUCACCCGUCGGCGGGCUCCGCACAGAUCAUUGCUGCGCCGGCGGCCAGCACAACCACAUAUCAUGCGCUGCCCACGCUGACGCUGGCCCACGGUGGUGCGCCAGCCGGCACGGAUCUCAGUGGUGCGGGCGGUGCCCAUGUGUACGCGCUGCCCGCUCAACACGCCACCGCACUGAUCCCAACGAAUAUCUUCCCCUAUGCGGCGGCAGCGGCGGCGGCAGCAGCAGCCGGCGGCCCGGGAGGAGGUCCUCCAGCGGCUCCUCCUCAGGUGGUGCAGCAGGCGGCGCCACCACCACCGCCGCAGAGUGCUCCCCACGCUCACGCUCUGAUCACAGCGGCUCCGUUUUACCCGGCCAGCCAGGGAAGCAUGGAUCAGGGCGCCUCACAGUCGGCUCCCAGUACGCCAGCCAAUCCCGGAAGACAGGCUCCGCUGUUCAGCACUCCACCGGCUCCCAAUAACGGAAGCUCGGGAAGCAGCAGUGGCGGAGGAGGAGGCGGGGGCUACCACAGCAACAGCUCCACGCCGCACUACUACCAAAACCAGAACAGCAACGAGGGCUACACCUCGCCCUACGAGAAGAGGAACCAUGGAGGCGGUGCCUCAGUGGGAGUGCGCAAGCCAUACCACCCAGGAGGUGGCUACAAUCCCAGGCAUUCGGUGCCCUUGGGAGGGGGGAUCCCCUCGGGAGCCAAGACUCCACUGCUCAACUCGAACAACGAGCCCACGCCGCGUGCCUCUCCGAGCAGCGUGAGCUUGGGUGGUGCCUCCUCAUCCGGCGGACCCAGUAGCUACCAACACCGUGGCCCUCCACCCCAUACGAUGGGUGUUAAGCGGGACAACAAGCCCAACCAGCUGCCGCUGAUCAGUGGACCACCACCGAGCUAUGCGACGAACUCGAGUCCCGGAGUCCCCAGUUACGAAAGCAAGCCGCCAGUGCGCCUAAACGCAGGAGCCGCCAGCUUCCGUAGCCAGAAGUCCAUGAACCAGGACUACCGACGCAGUGUCUCCCAGCGGAACUCGCCCAGCGCCAAUGGAGGAGGAAGUGGCAGCCACGAGAGCAGCAACAAUUCGCCCAACAGUAUUGUGGGCAGCCAGAGCAACAGUGCUGCCAACACGCCCAACGCAGGAGCACCACCGCAGCCACAGCCACAACCCACACUGGUCAGCCACUCUGGAGGAUUUGUGGUGGUGGACCAGGCCACUGGAGCCGCCAUUAAUGCCUCGCCGCCCUCGCUUUACGGCGGAGGAGGAGGCGGUCCGGCCGGAGGACUAGGAGGCGGAGCAGGUGGAGCUGCGGGAGCGGCUCAGCCGGGUGGCGGAGGCGGAGGCGCCCGCUCGCACAUUCCCACUGCCCAGCUGCACCACAGUGCCGCCGCUGCCGCCGCCGCAGCUGCUGGCAGCCAACAAGCCACGGCGGCGGUGCUGAGCGGCGUGGCCGCUGCGGCCGCCCUCGGCGGCUACAAUCCAAAUGGGGCGUCGGGCAUGUACUUCAAGUACGGCCAGACGUACUUUGCCCAUCCCUCGGUGGCCUUGCCCAACAAUCGACGAUCUCCGUCGAACGAUAUCCGGCCGCAAAUGGCGCAGGUGGCCGGCAUGUAUCCCACAAUGAUGAUACAAGCGCGUCAUCCCAGUCGCCAUCCGAACCCGAACUACAAAGGUUCGCGUCCGCGGUAAAGCCAACCGGAAAAUCAAUAUAGAAAACCCAAGCAAAACAAAAACUACUUACACAUAACGGCAUACCUAAGAUAAAUAUAAAUAGCAACCUAAUCUAGUGGAACAUAAAGUAGUUGACAACCAUAAAAACCAGAUGAAGUGGACCGGAUGAACGGAUGGAAACGGAAGAGCAGCGCAGGAAGAGCAUAGAACUCGUCGAGUGCUGGCCGCAGAGUUGUCGGACAUUAUUGGUAGCAGCUGGAGAGGAAGGGGCGUGGCAGGGACUAAAUUCACCAUCCACAAGUCACCAGAAGCAAACCAAACUAUCCACACGCCAUAGACACCACAUGAGAUCCGGGGAGCGAAACAGAGCGAAGCCAUCAAUGUUAUCUUCCGCAGAAAAGCGAAGGGAAAGGGGGGAAAACCGACAAAGCAUAGCAUAUAGCCUCUUUAAAGUUAAGGAGUAUUGUACGGAUAUAGCUACAAUAACUGAACCGCUACAGAAGGAAAGAAUUGAAUGCUGUAUAUUUUGUGCCAUUACAAAUAGUCUUUAAUAAACAAAAAAACGAGUACCCGAAGAAGCAAUAAAUUAACACACAACGACGGCUCCCCGAAAACGGACUUUCGAACUGAACACUCGACCGAUACGUAACUUCCACUCCCUUUCUCAAGCAUAUAUAGGAUAUUCAGGUAGACUUUAGUUCCGAGAGGGCUCUCGAAAGGACCGCAAAUAGACUGAGAGAAGUUUCGGAGACGAAGUCAAAUAAAUCACCUAUUUGCACGCUAAAGCAAGAGAAUCUCCCGGAAUUCUCAAUACUAUUUUAACCGAUUAUUUCCAAAGCUGCUACCAAAAAGUAUAUUCAAAAUUUCAAAUAUCGCCUUGCUUUGGUGUGCUUAAUUGAAUGCGUUUUAAUUAUGUUAAAUAUCUCAACCGAAAGCAGAAGCUAGAACAGAAACAGAAACUCUAUCGACCGACUGGACAGCCUGGCCCACUGGACCCCAAGAUCCCAAAAAUCUGCUGCCAGAAUUGGCGCGAGUCUUAUAUCUAGUUUUGUCCAGCAAAAUUUCGUGUAAAGCUCUGUGACACAAGUCUCGAGGAAAGCCACUAAAUCUGUUUAUUUAAGACCGAUGAAAUCUACACAUAAAAUACAUCUAUGAUUUAGAGAGUCAAUUAUUAUUAUUUUGUAAUUUUAAUUAAUGAAAAUUUGUUAAAUUUGAUUUUUGAUUUGAAUUUCCCUAUUACGUUUAUGUUCUUUCGAAAUAGAAUUUCCUUAUAAUUUUCUGUUCCUUAAUGCAAAGAAGCUGCAGCUAAAUUUCGUUGUUACUCGUAAGCAAAAUAAAAAACAGACAAUGGAGUACGAUGGAUGAUGAGCAGGAGAAGACGGAGUCAAGCAGCUAUACAUUUAUUGUUAAACAAAAUAAUUAGCUUAGCGUAUAAACUACAUAUGUAUAUGUACCAUCUAAUAAUAUAUAGGCAAGUGAAAAGAAAGAAAAACAAACAAAAUGCGAAAAUCGAAAAGUAUAAUAAAAGAGAAACCACAUGAUUAGUUAAAGUUAAAA